AUGACUGAUGCGAAGGCUUUCGGGUCGCUUAAUCUAGAGAAGAUUUUCCCUGUCGAUGAAGACAUUGGCAGCGACUCAGCCCUCCUGGACAACGUGGUCGAGCUUUUGCUGGCCGCUGGCGGCCGCGACCUGGCGGAGGUCAUCAUGAUGGUGGUGCCCGAGGCCUGGCAGAAUGCGGAUAAGAUGGAUCCCGACAAGCGUGCCUUCUACAAGUACAACUCCUGCCUCAUGGAGCCCUGGGAUGGGCCCGCCCUCGUCGCGUUCACGGACGGCAAGCAGUUCGGGGCGACGCUGGACCGGAACGGGCUGCGCCCCGGCCGCUUCUACAUCACCACGGACGAGCGCCUCGUUCUCGCGUCCGAGGUGGGGGUGGUGGACAUCCCCGACGAGGAGGUGCAGUUCAAGGGCCGCCUGCGGCCGGGCAAGAUGCUGCUCGUGGACUUUGCGGAGGGCCGCCUGAUCGAGGACACAGAGCUGAAGAGAAAGUACGCCCUGAAGCAGCCGUACGGGGAAUGGCUGAAGGAGCAUUGCAUGGACUUGAAGGACAUGCUGUCCAAGGAACAAUUAGAAGAUAAGGCUCUCAUCGAAGAGCUCCUUGACGACACCAUAUCCGACGCCAAGGAUCCUGUGGUUAUGCAGCGCGUCCUGCCGCUGCUGAAAUACUUCGGGUACACGUACGAGAAGCUGGACAUGCUCAUCUCGCCAAUGGUGAAGGGCUCCCACGAACCGCUCGGCUCUAUGGGUUCGGACGCGCCGCUGGCGUGCCUGUCCAAGCUGCCCAAGAUGCCCUUCGACUACUUCGUGCAGCUGUUCGCCCAGGCCACGAACCCGCCCAUCGACCCCAUCCGCGAGGCGAACGUCAUGUCCCUGGCCUGCCCCAUCGGGCCGGAGCUGAGCCUGCUGGACCCGCGGCCGGAGUCCUGCCGGCGCGUGUUCCUGGACACGCCCGUGCUGUGCCCGCGCCGCUUCAACGCGCUGCUGGACCUCCACGAGAAGCCCGUGGGCUUCUCGAGUGUCACGCUCGACAUGACGUACGCACUCACGGAUGCCGCCUCGAGGGCGCGCAUGGCGGACCGGGCCAUGUGGAAGAAGUCGUUGCUCUCGGAGAGGCUGGACCAGAUGUGCAAGGAGGCCGAGGCCGCCAUCCUUGGCGACAAGGUCGCCUUCGUGAUCCUCAGCCACCGCUGCGCCAACGAGGACCGCGUCCCGAUCUGCUCCCUGCUCGCCGUUGGCGCCCUGCAUCAGCACCUCAUCGCGGCCAAGUCCCGCGCCCGUGUGUCCAUCAUCGUGGAGGCUGCCGAUGCCUUCGAGGUGCACCACUUCUGCACGCUGUUGGGGUUCGGAGCCGAUGCCGUCUUCCCGUACCUCUGCUACCUGAGCUUGCUGCGCGUGCGCGGCUGUGACUUGCCCCUGAGCGGGAGGAUCGACAACUACCGGGCCGCCGCCGAGUUCUCCAUCCUGAAGAUCAUGUCCAAGAUGGGCAUCUCGUGCCUGCAGAGCUACAAGGGUGCUCAGCUGUUUCAGGCGAUCGGUGUCGGGAAGGAAAUCAUGUCAAAGUGCUUUCACGGCUGCAAGGGGGUGCUUGACGGGGUGGGCUUCGACGCGGUCAUGCAAGAUGCCCUGGAGUUCCACAAGCUCGCCUACCCAGUCCGUGGCAACCUGCCGCCGCUGGUGGACGACGAGGUGGAGGAGCUUCCAGACGAGGGCGAGUACCAUUUCAGGUCUAUUCACGCGGGUGAGAUGCACACGAACACGCCAGACGUCAUCUACAAGCUCCAGGAGGCCGCCCGGACCAAUUCCGUGGACGGGUACAAGCUCUUCGCCCGCUGGCAGAACAAGGUGACCGAGCAGACGGAGAUCCGCGGCUGCCUCGAGUUCCAGACCGACGAGUGCGAGCCGGUCCCCCUGGACGAGGUCGAGCCCGCGGCCAACAUCGUUAAGCGCUUCUGCACGGGGGCCGCCUCGCUCGGGUCCAUCUCGGACGAGGCCCACCGGGCCAUGGCCAUCGCGAUGAACCGGGCGGGCGGCAAGAGCAACACCGGUGAGGGAGGCGAGGACCCAGAGCGCUUCAAGCCCGUGAAGGAGGGCAAGCUGAAGAUGGGCUCGGCGGAGUGGGACCUGUUCGAGACGGACUCCGUGCGCUCGAAGAUCAAGCAGGUGGCCUCUGGCCGCUUCGGCGUUACGGCGGAGUACCUGGCCAACGCGGACGAGAUACAGAUCAAGCUCGCGCAGGGCGCCAAGCCGGGCGAGGGCGGCGAGCUGCCCGGCCACAAGGUCAUCGGCAAGAUCGCGGAGACCCGCAAGGCGACCCCAGGCGUUGGCCUGAUCUCCCCGCCGCCGCACCACGACAUGUACUCCAUCGAGGACGUCGCGCAAUUGAUCAUGGAUUUGAAGAACGCGAACACUUCCGCGCGCAUCUCCGUCAAGCUGGUGGCGCGUGUUGGGAUCGGCGUCAUCGCGUCCGGUGUGGUGAAAGGCAAGGCGGACCAUCUCACUAUCUCAGGGAUGUCUGGAGGAACUGGCGCGGCCAAGUGGAGCUCUAUCAAGCAUUGUGGGCUUCCAUGGGAAAUCGGCCUCGCGGAGACCCACCAGACACUGGUGCUCAACGGCCUCCGCGAUCGUGUGACGGUGCAGACGGACGGUCAGAUCCGCACUGGGCGGGACGUGGUCAUGGCCGCUCUUCUUGGAGCAGAGGAGGUGGCGAUGACCACAGCCCCCUUGAUCGCCCUGGGCUGCGUUAUGAUGCGCAAGUGCCACCUCAAUACUUGCCCAGUCGGUGUCGCCACGCAGGACCCCGAACUGCGCAAGAAGUUCACCGGUCAGCCCGAGCACGUGAUAAAUUUCAUGUUCAUGGUGGCCGAGGACACCCGUGAAAUCAUGGCGUCUUUGGGUUGCCGCACAUUCAACGAGCUCAUUGGCCGCACCGACCUGCUCCGGCCGAAGUCUCACCUCAAGGACAAUUGGAAGACGGCCUCCCUCGACUUCAGCGACCUCCUCAGGCCCGCGUGGACGUUGCAGUCCUUCUCGGCGGGAGGCAAGAACGCGAUGUUCUGCUGCACUCCUCAGGACCACGAGCUCGCCCAUGUGCUCGACCGGCAGCUGGUGACGAAAGCAGCACCCGCACUGGAGACCCAGGAGGGCGUUGUUGCCAGGGGCAUCAGGAUCCGCAACGUCGACCGCUCCGUAGGAGCCAUCCUCAGCUUCGACGUCGUCCGCCGCUUCGGAGCGAAGGGCCUGCCCGACAACACGAUUCACUUCAUCUUCAAAGGGCCAGCCGGCCAGUCCUUCGGCAACUUCCUGGCGCCCGGGAUCACCUUCGAGCUCGAGGGGGAUGCGAACGACUACAUCGGCAAGGGCCUGAGCGGCGGCACGCUGAUCGUCUACAAGCCUGCCACGGCGCCAUUCCAGGGCCACGAGUCGGUCAUCGCGGGCAACGCAGCUCUGUACGGCGCCACCUCCGGAAAGGUGUUCUUCGCGGGCGUUGCCGCUGAACGGUUCGCCGUUCGCAACUCGGGCUGCACCGCGGUGGUGGAGGGCGUCGGCGACCACGGAUGCGAGUACAUGACGAGGGGCGUGGUUGUGGUCCUCGGCAGCACCGGCGCCAAUUUCGGCGCGGGCAUGAGCGGAGGCAUCGCGUUCCUCCUGGACGCCAAUAAGGACGACUGCAACCUUCAGGGCAUCGACCUGGAGCCCGUGGAGGGCGAGGACGACGCGACCCUGAAGGAGCUGGUCGCCGAGCACGGCAGGCUGACGGGCAGCGCGACGGCCGCCUCCCUGCUCGCCGACUGGGCCAAGAGCUCCGCCAGGUUCACGAAGGUCUUCCCGAAGGAGCUCAAGGCUGCGCUCAAAAGGCAGGCGGCGGAGCCCAAGAAGGCCGCGGAGCCGGCGCCGGCCGCGUCGCAGGAGCUGGGGGCCGGGGGCGUCACCGAUCUUGAGGAGCUGCGGCCCAGCACCACGGAGAAGCCGCAGAAGCGGCGCGGGCUCUCGGUGUGCGAGGCCAUGGCGUCCAUGCAGGAGGCAUUUACCAAACUCAACAGGACCGUCAAUGACAAAUACGAGUCGAUCGAUAAAACCUUCCAGAACCGCUUCGCCAGGUUGGAGCGCCGCAUGAACAACACCGACUCGUCCAUCGCUCGCUUGCAGGCUGGUGCCCCGUGA